AUGAUUCGUGACAACCUAUCAACAGUGCAGAAGGCGAAUGCAGGUUAUUUUGUUCUUGUAAUGCUGCAUAUUCUCUUUCAAUCUACUAAUAUUGCUGGUAUGGAGACUGGAGUAGCUACCGGCACAGGACGGAACCUUACAUUUCGCGACAAGUUUAUCUUCAUUCACCCAGAAAAGUCGCGCGUCGAUAGGGAGAUGGAUGAUUCAAUAAUGUGCGCCUGCGCCAUAAGCGCAAAAGUUUCCAAGUUGUUUUGGUUUUCCCGAUUCGAAAAAUGCGUGGCCCGGCUCGAAAUACGAAAAUCUUUGGCAAAUCAAGAAGAACCAAAUUGCCCCUCUUAA